CGGUCUGCUGUCGUUCCUCGUCAAUCGCCCACCAUGCCGUCCGAAGUUUCCGAUAUCAAGCAGUUCAUCGAGAUCUGCAGGCGCAAGGAUGCCUCCUCUGCCCGCAUCAAGCGCAACCGCAAGACCAACCAGAUCAAGUUCAAGGUUCGAUGCAAGCGUUUCCUCUACACCCUCGUCCUGAGGGACUCCGAUAAGGCAGAUAAGCUGAAGCAGAGCUUGCCUCCUGCUCUCAAAAUCGCCGAUGUCUCUAAGGGUGGCGCGAAGAAGAAGGCGAUCUAAGGCGACCCGUAUGACCUGAGGUGUUGGGAUUAUGGCGUUUGAAAAGAUAUUGAAUAUCAUUUUGAUAAGGGUAAAGACGGUCAGGUCUUAAUGAUGGGUUCAAACAUACAUGUCUGUUGUGUUGGAGCGCAUCUCGCCGGAAGAAUGAACAUUUACGUGGACGGCAUCCCGGCACUGGUGUUGUCGUCCACCGCGACCGGGCAGUUCCUGGCAGGCUUUAUUGUCAGCGAUCAGUGGUAAUAGGGAUGUUUCUAGUGUCUGUUCUAGGGCUCUAGCCACAAAUGCAUCAUCAGCUGAUUCUAGAUCCGGUUUUUGUUCCUUUCAUGGGUCCGCGGUUGAUCAGUUUAACCUUUUUUCCCCCCUCCGACCCCGGUGAUUCAUUCAAAAGGGCCCAUAAUCGGCUACCUAUGUGUUUGGUUACUGCGAACAUGCUGGGGCCGUGCCAAAAAGAAUUUGACCGGGUGUUAACACUAAUAACAAACCAGAGGAUCCAGCUGUCCAUCGAGAACAUAUGCAGUUCGGUACACCGAACAGCUGAGGCACAUCGGUAGAUAUAAGCGUUUUUCACAAAGUGCUCCCACUGCCGGAUGGACAUACUUUUACGAUUAUAAACUUGUAUGGCUUUGGGAUUUGCUGUGAGAUAUUCAAAAUUCGGAUCAUGCAUAGGACUACAGUCGCUACGCAAGUACCUGGUAUAUACAGUCGCAGCCGGGAUCAGACUAGGAGACCGGUACUGGUCACAGUAGGCAAUUGUAUAAAGGUGUCAGAUGUCCGAGGCCUUCCUGGAUGAGUUGCUGCCUUCACUACCCUUUCCCAGCUACUGUUCUCUCAAGACACAAUCUGACAGCG